CUUCCUCAUAAAACAAGUUCUUGUCAAAAUACUACCAUGUUAACCUGCCCACCUCCUCUGUCCACCUAUAUUGCAGCGUGUGCAGGCGAAGCAUCGGGCGAUCUCAUUGCCGCACCAAUUUUACAAAGCCUGAAAACGCUUUUACCUACGCCUACCCCAGUAUGGGGUGUCGGAGGCAAAAGAAUGCAAGACUCGGGGAUGAUCUUAGCGCAUAGCUAUCAUCCACUCGCGGUACGGGGUUAUGUAGAAGUGUUGUCGCAUAUUCCUUCAAUUUUAAAGCUAAGACAUAGCCUAUUGAAAGAUAUGGACAAACACCUGCCUGAACUUUUUUUAGUCGAUACCCAAGCUGCAAGACAAAACAUCGGUCUUAGUGCCGCCCAAUGUCAAAACCCCGUGAUUGCCAUUUUACCGGGCAGUCGUUCCAGUGAAAUCAAAUACUUAGGAAGUGUUUUUUUUGAUACCAUUCGACUGUUAUCCGCACGUUACCCGAACUGCCAAUUUGUCAUUCCAGUCGCUCACGAAAAUUUGAUGCCGGCCUUACAAAACUUGAUGGAUCAUCAUGAAUUUAAAGAACAAAUUCAUCUUUUAUGCGGUCAUGCAGGUUUAGCCAUUGCCGCAUCUGAUGUCGUUUUAGUGGCUAGUGGUACGGCAACCUUAGAAACCGCUUUGUAUAAAAAACCGAUGGUCAUCGCCUACAAGGUACCUUGGUUAACCGCACAAAUCAUGAAACGCCAAGGUUAUUUACCCUAUGUUGGCCUACCAAACAUUUUA